AUGAGCCGAUCAGUCACGGUUUGCUUUAUAUUAUUUGCUGUGACUUCACUCACCGUUUCACAUGGCUACGAAGUUGGAAUCCAGAACCGAGACUCUAAAGGUAAUUUCCAAUAAAACUGCGUAUCACUGUUUUCAAGUGACAGGUUAGUUACUCCUCCAACCCGUAAUAUCCUCUACAAAGUCAAUCAAAUAGAAUUGAUAAACUUUGUCUUUCUAUAGUCUUGAGCUUAAGACUUGCGAAAUACUGAAUGCAAUGACUUAGUUAGAUCAACAUCUACGUUACUUACUACUAGGUGCUAAAAAAUGGGUUUCGCUACAGAUGUUGAACUUUAUCUCCGAAUUUCCUUCAAAUUCAAAUCGUAAUUGUUACAUAUCAUAUCUAGCACAGACGGGUUGUAGACAGUUUGCCUGAAUGAAGUUUAUCUGAUUUGACAACACCAUUUAAGAAAAAAAUCUAAGGAAUCUGUGAUCAUAACCUAGCUCAAACGCUUUAUCACGAUAUACUUGAUUUGAUACACCUCUUAAAUACAUAUUAAAUAAAGUGAACUCCAUUUUCUUUUCAUUUAAUUUAGCAAGGGAACAAAAGCCAUGUGUUUUGUGGUGUAAUACUGAAUGUUUGUUGUGAUCUAUACGUGGAAGAAUCAAAAUCAUCAACAUCAUGUCCGGUUCAGUUUCAAUUGAUGCUAAAAUCUUCAUACUUUUAUGGAAAAUAUAUGCAAAAAAUUUCAUAGGAAGCUAUCACUUAUUGAAGUACGUACAUUUUCAUGAUAACGGUCUCAAACAUUAUUCAUUCCUCGCAACAGAAGGUGAGCACGAUGUUGCUCGUAUAAAACGGGCAUUUGGUAGUUCUGCACCACCCUGUAACAGUAAGUGAGAAUUCAAUGUUUUUUACUUUUUUGUCUCCAAAUAAUUGAUGUGCUUUGCCUGUAGAGUAGCAAGACGUUAGAGUUCGGAGACCUUUCGUCUGUAACUUUGUGUUCACACAUUAUUUCCCCAAAAAGAAUAUUUUUACGUGACGCCUAUUCGUGCUUCAUUUCUGAUUCAAAUCUGAGAGGUUUUUUCUGUACCCUCUUUAAACCAAGUCAAAACUUUUAUUACUUCAUCUUUUUUAAAAUCAAUUCUGUUUCAGGGACGAACGGCGUUUACUUAGAAAGAUGGGAUAGAAUUGAUUACAAACGAAUCAGGUUUCUACUCGCGGAUCCGCGAUAUCCAAACCUGCCAAGUUUUACCACAUGUGUGCCAACAUUUGAACAGCCUGCUAACUGGGGAGACUUCUUUGGCUCUCGUUUAAGAACUUAUUUCGUCCCUCUUCAAACCGGAAACCAUUACUUCUUUCUGUGUAAGGGUCCAGUCUCUAUAUGUAAUGGUAGACUGCUUUUCGAAAUAUGAAAUACUUUUAAUGAGAUAUGUAAAUAAGUUCAGCAAAGGGGGUCUUCCAUACAUAAACAAAAACUGUAAACGUCUAUAAAAUGACCCCAAAGCAACUCAUGCGCAAUCUAACUGGAUGAGCUCCAUGAUUAGUGCAAAUUUGGCGAAGAAGCUGUCAGUGUUGCGCCCCGUCCAAAUUUUCUUUUGCCUGAAUUACUCGACUGAAAGUUCUUUCCUGAACAUAAGUUCUCAUUUUGACUGAAUUUCAUAUCGGAGGGCAUGACUGAUAGUAACGUAACUACUCGCUGCAUGAUGCAUUGUGACCUCAAUUGUGUGCAACAUGAACGGGUGUUUCACAAACUGAAAUUAAAAAAUAACAUGUACUAAGAUUCAUAUCUUACUAAGGGCCUUUACGGUUUUUUUCCUUUUUUCAUUUCCAGCUUCUAACGGUGGAAGUGAACUUUUUCUAAGUACAAAUGAUAAGCCAGAUGGUAAAACUAAGAUUGUUGAAGUAGAUGGAGGAUUCCCCAGCGACCAAUAUGAAUACGACAGGUAAAUGGGAAAACACACUGUCAGUGAAGAUGAAGCACAGAAACAAGUAAAACGCUUCAAACAUUUCUCCUAAAUAUAAAAACUGAGAGGUAGAUUUUUGAACGUCCGAUAGUAUUACUUUAAAGGCCACCAGAUAAAUUAAUUGUUGACAUAUGAUGAUAUGCCUUAACAGAUUCUUAAAUCAAAAGUCCCUGCCGGUAUCUUUGAAAAAGGGUCUUUACUACUACAUGGAAGCAAUCAUGAAGGACGAUCAUCAAUGGGACCACUUGGAAGUUGCUUUACAGACACCAGAUGGAAAGUUUUAUAAGGUGAUUCCCGCUCAGUUCUUAUGGACAACAAACCGUCUAUCUGCAUGUAAGUAAACUAUGUCUUUUUUAUGAAUACAUUCACCCACCAAUGCAACUUCUAAAAACCGAUUAAAGGCUACCAAUUAACCAAAUAAUCCAACACAACCUUCGUAGCCUUUUAAGCUUUCAGGUAAACUUGAAAAUGUUGCAACUUGUUCCUAAAAAGUGAAGUCUCUUACUAGCUACCAGACCAUAAUUAUUCAUAGUUAAAUUUUAACUCCAAAGUAACGUCCCCCUCAAUAAGUGUUAUGAUUUCCAAGCAGAUCAGAAUGCCACCUAUCAGGCAAUUAUACUUAAGGUGGCGGCAAAGGCGGGUGCUAAAGCUGGUUCAUCAUUUGGAGCAAGAUGGGCGAUGAAAACUGGAGCUCACGCUGGAGCAAACGCUGGUGCAAUAGCAGGAAUGGAAGCUGGAGCAUCAGCCGGUGCUCGUGCAGGUGAAAAAGCUGCAGCAGAGACAACGACAAAAAUGCUGGAAGACGCACUGAACACCCUUCAUGGUGACAACCUGCAUAAGUUUAAGAUAAUCCUCAAGAAUGGAAGUGUUAUCGAUGUAACUGGUCCUGGAAUGGUAGGUUCUCAAGCAGCAGGAUCCACUGGUGGAGCCAAUGCAGUAGGGGCCGGAGUGAGUGGAGGUGGAGGAGGAGCUAGUACUGGUGGCACACCAACAGGGGGAGCAGGAGCUCGAGCAGGUAUGGGAGGAGUGGGGGGUGGAACAGGUAUGGGAAGUGAAGCUGGAGGUGGGGCAGGUAUGGAAGGAGGAGCGGAAGGUGGUGGAGGAGGAAUGGGUGCAGGGGUGGUAGGUGGAGGAGGUAUGGGAGGAGGGCUUGGUGGAGGGACAGGCUUGGGAGGUGGAGCAAGUGGUACUGCUGGAGGAGGCGUAGGUGGUGGGGCAGGGGCAGGGGCAGGGGUAGGGGCAGGGGCAACUGCAGGUGCAGGUGCAGGCAGGAGUUCAGUCCAUUACCGGGAGUGCUAAAGGCGGUGGGUCAUCAUCCCAAAUAAUCAGUGGGGCCAAAGGGGCAGCAGGUAUUGCUAGUGGAGCCAGUGGCGGUGUCCAAAUUUCAGGCCAAGAAAGUUAUACAACACAACGUGAAGUAACUUAUAUUCCAAAACAGGGCGAAGAUCCACAGGCCGUUGCUCGGGAAUUAGUCUGGAGAGUUGGAGGUGCAAGCAGACGUAAGUAAAACGUUAUCAUUUCGAAACAACCUUGAAAACAAAACAUGAAUAUGGAAAUCAAAUAUAUCUAAAACAGGCCAAAACGUUUUAAAUCAGAAAGGAGAUAUAAAUGUUAAGAAGACAAGAGACUUUUUACUCCCCAGAGCCUAUGACUGAUUCUCCCCCUCUGAUUGUCGCUGAUUUACUUUGACAAUCAAUUUGGAGUCAGGUUCAGGCCACUCAUCCAUUGUGGGGUAAAUAGUGUUUUCAUUUUCAUAACAUGUAUGAGUAUUAAGGCUGAAGAAAUAAUACAUUACUUAUUUAAUAAAAACGCCUGAUAUGAGUUAAAUGGUGUUGGGUAUUGUAUCUCUUUACACACACUUGCUAACCACCUCUAAUAUUUUAAGAACACGUUCCAAGCGUUGUUGUUCUUUUCACAGUUGUUGGUCAUGGAUUAUACACCAUCCAUGCAUAUAAUAUUCCAUACUCGCAGGAAAAUGGUACACUCAACUACUGCUGGCGUGCAAAAGAUGGCGACCUCGGCUUAGGGCCUUUUUGCCAGGUUUUUAAAGCUCACAUCCCAGGGCUUUACAAACAUAUCAAAGAAAGAAACGAAACGGUGUCGUUUGAAUCACUCUGCCUGCCAGGGUUCUAUCUCAGACAAAAGAACUACCACUACAUUCUGCAGAAAAGAGACGGGUCAGACCUUUUUGGCAAGUAUUAAGUUAUUUAUUGUUUCCAUAAACAUUAUUCCUUUACCUAUGUGGGUGAUACAGGAAGUAAAGUUCUAGUACUUUUGUCGAAAGAAAAAAUGAAAGGUAACAUGUUGGGUGAUAUGACCUCUCGCAAAGAUUGCUGACGACUUAAAUCAGUCCAAAAACAAAGUUUACAAGCUCCUGGCUGGGCUCAACAAAUGCGUUUUACACAUGUCUUAUUGACUUCUGGCUCGCUGCCUGACGGAAUGUACCACCUGAUCGCAUGCCUUCUUACAAAUGACACUUUUUAGCUAUCUUUUUUUCACUAUGUUUUCACCUUUAGAGAAGUAGAACAUUUUUGUUCCAAAUUUCGAGUCUAUUGGAGAAGUUCACAAUUUGUACUUCUCUUGCAUCACAUGCUACGUCUUUCCUCUCAAACUACAUAUUACAACAAUAAUAAGAGAGAGAUGUUUUUUUCGUCUUGUCACGAGCGUGGGACAAAGAAAAAAUUCUGAGUCCUCAUGAGGAAUCGAACCUCAGACCUUCGAAUUCCGCGCUCCGAUGCUCUACCAUUGAGCCACGGAGACUCCACGAUCUGUUAAGAAGUUCAUAUGAAACGCAUCCCGCGUCUGCUAGGAUCAACAAUGUCUAUAGCGUAAUGUUUAUAAAUAGAAAAUAAGAGAGAUGGUAAGUUUUGAACUCGGUAAAGAAAUAGAGAUUUUCACUGCUGCCUAAGUAGUGCACAUUACUGCGAGGAUCACUUAAAUUCACGUCUUUAUCCGCAGUUCAAAUGUAUGACUUUCAUAUAUUCUUAACAGUUUAUUUCAUCACUUCACGGGUUUAUUUAGAACCAACAUCAUAACCAGCUCCCAGUUGGCUUGUUAGCUCAGUUGGUAGAGCGCUGCACCGGUAUCGCAGAGGUCAUGGGUUCAAAUCCCGUACAGGCCUGAAUUUUUUCAGGCCUUAUUUUCACUACUGCCUAAGUAGUGCACAUUACUGCGAGGAUCACUUUCAUUCACGUCAUAUUUCUUUGUCCCACGCUCGUGAAAUGACGAAAAAAAAAAAAUUUUUCUUUAUUUUUUCUUUACCCAGCUAAAAACCUACCAUCUCUAUUAUUUCCAAUAAAAAGGCUGUUCUUUUGCAGAUAAGGAGAGUUCUUUUACUGCAUAUUCUGUGAUGAAGUUUACGCGCAAUAUCAUGUUGCAGUCCAUGCAUAAAGAUUGGUAUGUUUGCGAGAAAGGGGAAAGAAAAUCGAUACAUUCAACCUCUGAGCUAAUGCUGGACUUUUACAAUGGUGACCCUGAUGUGCUUAGCCGGUGCACGUUUUUAUUCCAUCCUAUAGCUCAAAAUGAAAAUAAAUACAAAAUGUGCCAGAACGUUUUAGGGCCAGUGGAACAUCCCCACAUAAGUGGACAACCUCUACCGCACCCCCCUCACCUGAUUUCAAACAAACCUGCCUCAUCUUCUGCACUUCCUUCUUGUAUACCGAUAUGUCCACCAGGCACUAUAGGUACAAUACCAGGACAACCAACAAAUUUAAAGCUAUCGAAUAAAACUCCUGCACCAACUGGGAGUAUGGGCCUUCCCUCGAGACCUGCUGUUAAUACAGUUAAGAGUAAGUGCUAGUCUGUAAUUUUUUCAAACAAUUUUUUUAUACCACCCCUUCACUUUGCCGAAAACUUUAUUGUCGUUUUGUAAUGUCAAAGUCUGAUACGUUAAUGGGGCAGAAAAUAUUUUUAAUUCAUUGAAUUGUUUUUUUAGAAUUUGAGAUUUUUGAAUCAGAGUGAUACACAUUUUGAAUCUCGAUUUGCGUAGAUACGAGACGAAUUAAAGGCCGUUUCGCUUAACUAGCAUUCAUGUUUUUCAUUGUGAUAGAAGUAAUACUGAUCGAGCAAACAGCGGUAUUCAAAACUGUAAAAGUAGUCAUUAUUGGAGUGUUCACCAAUUUCAUAUACUUUUUAUGCUGCAUCGCUAAUGAAAACAUUUCUCAUGUUGGCAACAGAGGCCUGUGUGGCGGUGAACUUUGUAAACAAUAUGGGAUCACCGUUCAAGCUUUUCUCCUCACUCAAACAUGAGGGAUACCUAGUCACUGGUUCAGGAAUUAGACUUAAACUCAUAAUAGAGAGACCUGAACUCCACAGCUACGUGACGUUUAAUGCUGUGGAUCCGCAUGGAAAGACUAACAUCCUCCUGAACGAGAAACCAAGUAUUUCAGAGCCAGCUGUGGUGGGAUGUCCUGUGUUCGUGAAUGUAUCAGUUACAGCUGAGCAAGGUACAAACGAAGAGACAAGGGAUUACUGAGCACACCUGUUGGCCUAGAUUAAAAAAAAGGCGCGAGAAAUGACUUAAACAUCUAUCUGGAAAUUCUCCAAAAAGUGUCUGAAAAUCUCAUUUUAUCUCUAAAAAUCUCUACCUUUUUUUUCUAAAAUCCCGAUUUAUCUCAGUUUUUUUUCGAAAUAAUCACAUACUUUGCAUAAAAUGGAAGAUUCUUGUGGUGAAGUUGCAUGGAAACACCUUCCAUCUGAUUCAAAAUGAUCAUUUUUUUUUACUAGACCAUCUAAGUGGUUCGUCUCCUUUCAUAUUUCUCUCUCAAACAAACCACAAGGACACUAACAGGCUGUAUUUUUUCUUGAAAUUAUUGUCUAAAAAUUCUUAAAUGUUCUAAAAAUCCUCAAAUUUUAUAAAAACCCCGUUUGACUGGAAAAAUCCUAAAAAAUUCCAGAUACUAGUAUCUAGCUUUUACACUAAACGAUCAAGAUAGUUCACGUUGCUGUUGAGUGUUUCACAAUGUACAUCGAAUGCAAAAUGUCUUUUGUAUUCCACCACGAUUUACCUCUCUUUUAACGAACUCUUUUAUAUUGCGGUGAAGCCAUUAUUUGUCUACUAACAAUUCCCUUUUUGCUUUUAAUGGUGACUUUAGUGCAGUUGGGAAAAGACUUUCAAAUUUCGUUUACUAGAACAACCUAUAUUCCGAUAUGCGAGUAAAAUGAAUUGAUUUGCUUUACAGUUUAGAGUAAGUUUUACAAACUUAUUCCAAGAGAUCAGAAAAAAAGAUUAAUUAUCAUGAAUGUGUUUUAAAUGGUUUCAUCACGCAACAUUUACAGUCUUAUUUGUUUAUUUAAUCUUGGUAUAUCCUUUAGUUACCAUUUGCAUUUAUCUUUCCCGUUACUUUGUUUUAACUCACUUUAUAGUUCACUCUGGUACAGCUCCAGCAGCCCCUGCAUCGCCUUCUCUCGUACCUCCCACGUCAGAAGGUACAUACCAUUAUCAUCACCACCCUUCUGCCGUUCCAUCACCAGUGGGCCCAGCAAGUUCAAAACCUUCAGCACAGCAAGUAACUACACCCAAGGAAGGUAAUACUGCAUGUUGACCCGAAAAACCUUCACUUGCCUGUUUACUUGAUUUCGGGGACGAUAUUAAUUUUAUGCCUUCUGCAAUAGGUAAGUGACAUCAAUUUAGAUCAACCAGAAAGUUGAAACAGUGCGAUGAAUAGAAUUUUUUCCUACUGAAGCGUCGUUUUCGUUCUUUUUCAUAAAGGGGAAGAGUCAAAAGAAGUUCACUAUCACUACCAUUAUCAUGGUCACAGGGUAGCCAAUCCCACAGGUAGGAAUGUGACAACAUUGUGAGGAUAUUUUAAGUGCAAUUUCAUACUACUAAGCAGCAAGGGAUACUUUCGACGAUGCGAAAGCCUAGGCAUUUAAUUUAAAAUCUUGGAAUUAAAAUUCAGUAUAACAGGAAGAUGUGGGUAUGUUACUAAUUUAAACACUUCUUUGCCUCUUUUUCAUCUCUUUAUAGUCUGUCCUAACACAUGCCUUACCUCUGGAGAAUGUCAUCCCAUUUGUCCAUCACAGUGCUGCAAACGAAAUUUACCCGUGGAAACAUCGGGUGAAGAAGGAGACGACGAUAUCACAGUGGCGUAA